AUGCUUAGGGAUGCAGUACGCAAAUAUGGGAAUCUAGUAGAUACCUACAUCGCAGUGAGGAAAGAUAAGAGUGGAUCUUAUUUUGCUUUCAUCAGAUUUGAAGGUAUUAAGGAUGUCCAGGUGAUGUUGAACUCCCUAAACAAAGUCAGAUGCGGUCAUUUCAUAUUGAAGGUAAACGUGGAAAAAUACGAGAAGAACUCCAACAUCAAGGGACCGCUGAGACAAAAUCGGAGAGCUCUUUAUUCUCAACAUACGAAGAAUCAUGGCGGGUGGAACAAUACUAGUGAUGAAAGAUCGUUUGCAGAAGUUGUCAUUGGAAGACAAGACACUCCAAAAACUUCCUCCCCAUCGUUGAUCCCAUCGGUCAUUCUCAAGAGCGUUAAAGCAAUGGAGAAUACGUUUUCACUCACAGGUGAAGUCACUUGCUUCCAACUUCUGAUAAACCUUCCCAAUCAAAAUGCAAGCUUGGUAGCCAUCAGAUUUGGAAAGGUUAUUGAAGUGGUUGGGUGUCAAAAUUGGCAUGGAAUUGAUUUGUCAUUCUCAAACGCUAGAAUUCUAACGUCGUACAAAAAGCUAAUAACUGAGGAAAUCACUUGCUCUUUCAAUGGAAGAUUGUCCACAAUCAGGAUUGUAGAAUGCGCAGACCCAUGGGAGCCUUUCUCCAAGUUCUAUGAGUCAGAUUACGAUUCUUCUGCUCAUGGCAACAAAGAAAAUGCAGAAGAUGAAGACAAAAAUAUGGAGAAAUCUGAUACUGACGAUGAAGGCGAAAUCAAUAUUCCCGGAGACGGUGACGAUCAGGUACCCUCGCCGGAGAAGACAUAUGACAUCGGGAAUAUUAUCCCUACAAUUAAUAGAGUAGGUGAUAAGUCGUAG